CGACCUGAACCCGCGAAUUCGGGCGCGGCUUGACACGCCCAUCAAAAAAAGGGAAAAGGAAAAAAAUAGAAUAAAAAUAAAACAUAAAAAGGCCUUUUAUUUCAGCAAACAUCGCCAAUACACUCAAUCUCAACUUUGUUCAUCACAUCGCCAUGCUUCGCCGUCCUGCAACUGUCCUCACCCUCACUCCUGAGGACAUUGCCGACUACGAAGAUCGUGCGGCCGAGCGGAUUCGCGCAGCCGAACUCGAGGCUCGCCAACGAGCUGCCGAGGCCCAGGCCCACGCCCGCGCUCGCCAUGGCGCGUCUUCGACUUCGACCGCCCUCCGCAGGGCCGCCCUCGCCGCUGCAACACCCGCGACUGCUGCCGGGCCUUCUUCAUCAAGCAGGUACCACGGCAACGGCGCCGGCGGCAUCGACUUCCACGGGACGAGGGUGCUCAGCAGCCCGGCGGAGCACCAGUUCAGCGACGACGGGGAGGAGGAGGAGAGCGACAAUUCCGAGGUAGAGACGUCGUACUACGCGAGGGCCCAGUCCCAGGCCGCCAGGGUCAGCCUCGCCCGUGAGCAGGCCCUGCAGCAGGCACGCGCUCAUGCCGACGAUGACGAGGAGGAGGUGGAAGAGGAGAAAGAGGAAGGGGAAGGCGAAGGUGGAGUGGAGGAGGAGGAGGAGGUGGUGGACGAGGGCGGAGGGCAGGAGGUGGAGAUGGGGAUGGAGGACGACAGCGACGGAGCCAUCGGCGGCCACCCAUCUCACCCACACUACCGGCUGCGCAAUCUAGGGCGUCUCACGCACGACAAUGACGACGGUGAGCCGUCGACUGCGGCGGCGGCGGCGGCGACAGAAACGCCCCCCAACCCGCGCGACCGCGACACGCGCCGCCGCCACCGCCGUAGCAGCAGCGGCGGCGGCGGCAACCCCCCACCCAUCCACCAACCGCCGCGGACCAGCAGGCGAACCAACGACGCGCGAGACUCGGUACCGCAACCAUGCUGCUCCAGCAGGCGACCCCGCCGCUACCGCUACCACCACUACCACCACCGCCUCCGCGUCCUCUUCUUCCGCGUCGUCCGCGCCCACGACGACCCGCUCCGUCUCCGGGGCCGGCGGCGCGCGGAGAACCGCGGCGGCAGUGACGCCCGAGGCGAGGGUGCAGCGGAGCCGAGACGAGCGGAUCGGGGUGGCGGCUCCCCGGCGGGGACGGUCGCAUCAGGCGUGAAUUUUCCGUGUCUUUUUCUUUUUCUUUUCACUUUUAUUUAGUCUUUCCCCGUUUGUAUUGGUUGGUUAGGGCUGGUUUGGCAAGUUGUCGAGUUCCCAACCACCUGAUCCUAGGUCAUCAAUGAUGGGAUGAUGGGGGAGGAUAGAUACGUUUCUUGAGACUAUGAUAUCCCAUCGUAAGCUGCGUCUUUCUUCACGAAGUCGGAAGAGAAGGU